ACGCAGUCUUGUAGUGACGUCUUAAAAAUAGACCACCGUAAUAAAAAGAAGAGACAUCUCUCUUUCUCUCUCUCUAGGGUUUUCUGAUCAAAUCCUCGCGCCGACGUCUCUUCAUUUUUCUGCUUUCUCUCACCGAUCUCUGACUCACGCCCCCGAAUUUGACCAACAUCUGUAUCCGAUUCUCAAUUGUCUCGUUAAAAGAAAUCUAUAGAUCUAGCGAAUCGUAUUGAUUGGCUUUUUCUAUACCUGAAUCUGAUAAACGAUCAUCGAUUUGACUUUAAAAGAUUCGAUUUUUGUUUACCGAUUAGCUCUUUGAGAUAUUUUGAUUUAUAAUAAUGAAGAGUUUGAAGAAAUCCAGAGUUUCAUGGCCACCAGGUCCUUUGCUUUGUCAGGUUAAGAUGUUUCGAACAGAGGAUUGUCCGGCCAAAGUUGCCUCUCAGCCUCAACAUCUGACCUACGUAAAGCCAUCAUCUGAGAAACCUCGAGGGCCAGAUCUUCCACCUGGUUUUGAAGGGAAUCACUAUGCAGAUAAGCUGAAUCUCUCAACCAUUCCUCGAAUCAAAUGGAAACGACCUCCUAAGUUCCUCGUCAAAGAUGCUUGGCUGAUCGGAGAUGGUGGUGAGAGCACAGAAAGGCGAACUGAAAACUUACGGAUAUCAAAAGUGUUGGAAGCCAUGUAUCCGCAUCGCUCUACCAUCCCUUCUUGUCCCUUUGUUUCACCGGCAGUGGAAGCUGAACGCUUUGACGACAGCAAAACACGUGCCAUUCGUCUCACUCCUAUUGAGGAUGAAUGUGAAUCUCCAGACUCUUCUCUUGAAUCCAACGUUACCGCAAACAAGCAAACUCACCCGGAGACCAAACCUCUCUGUUCAACAAUCCAAGAAGCGGUUUCUAGUCUUGCACCAGACUUGAGCCUGGUUGCUUCUGCGGCUCUGACUGCACUGAUGAAAACUAAGGAACAGGGGAGCAUGGUUGAUACCGACCUACUCAUCAAACUCCUCAGCGACCCGAAAAUGAUCAAGGAUCUCAUCACCGACACAACAGGUAAAUCCUCUGAAACUGCGAAUCAGCAUGAUGACACUGACAUCAACACCUCUAGACUUGUUCCGCAACAUGUCGCCGCCUCAACCAUGGCUAGAAAGCCGCAGCCAUCAAUAAUACAACCUCAAAAACAGAGUUUUGCCGCUUCUCAGCCUUUUACGAACCCUGAGCAGAGACGGGUGUCUCCUCCCAAGCCUGUAAAUGGAAACAUACCCCCACGAAAUCCUGUAAAUGGAAACUCAAUGCCCGUUCAGUUCUCUGUCGGCAUAGCUACAGAACCAGCUCUGGUUCCAUCGAGUUCUCUGCCAAUGAGCCUUAACCUCCACAGACCUCAACAUGUUUUCUCAGAACCAAAGGUAAUAGUCAAUACUCAACCUCAACUCCAACACAAUUCUGCAUUCCGCACUUCUGAGAUGAACAAUGUUCAAGCAUCGGUUAGAUUUGGAAGGUAUCCUCAAACCGGUUUUGAUACUUAUCCAACGAACUUAAACCGGGUCGAUGCCACUAGUAGACCUAAACCGGUAGUGCAACCCAUGAAGAGUGUAGACUAUUUCAAGAACCUUAUAAAGGAACAUGGCACAGUGAAUCACGAAACAAACCAAUACCAUUCACAAACUGGAAAAUUCAACGGACGGGUUGAUCAAAUUAAGGUUCAGAAACAGUGUGCCUACUAUGGCACUGCGAGAGGUUGUACGCUGGGUGAUAGUUGCAUCUAUGUUCAUGACCGAUUGAGACCUAACUUUGAAGGCGAGACUCCAAGGGCUAAGAGAUUAAAGUUUGGGAGGUAUGAGAAUAAUGGUUUUUAAAACAUAUAAUUCUGACUCUGAUUCAUUCCAAAUCAUAAAUUAGAAUCUGUCUAUUCACUGGUUGAGUAACAAAACCUGAGGUGAAACCACUUUCAAUUUUGAUUAACUUAUGUGCACAAAUUUUUAUUUAAUUUAGCAAAGUACUUUCUUUAGAGCACCAAAAAUGACCAGACCAGAGUUUGAAAGGUCGUCGAGUUGAAGUAGUCCAAAUUUUACGAUACACCAGCUGUGUUUUUAGAAGAAUGGUAGUUUAGAAAUGCCGAGAAUUCGCGGAA